AUGAACGAAGAUGUAUUCAACUCCAGAAGGAGAUAUUCGAGGCUACAACCUCUUCCAGAAGCCGUCAGCAAUGCAACCGCAGUUGGAGACUUAACCUCAGUAAGGGACUCGUUUUCGAAAUUGAAGCAUGAUGCGGACAUGUUGACUAAGGUCAAGAAAGGUGUAACUAGAAAACUUUCUCUCUUCAAACUUUCCCGCAGCCACGACUCUCCGGCUGCUCAAGACGUCAAACCUGAAGGUGCAUCAUUAUCUCCUCAUAUCGAGGAUGCGCAUUCUGGUGUAGAAGGAGAUGCUGGUCCCCAACCGAUAGUCUCGCAGGUUCAACAUACCUCCUCCGGUGUUGACGAAGGUGCUGGUCUCCAGCCGGUAGCCGCGCGAGUUCACAAUAUCACCUCUGAUAUGGAAGAAGGUACCGAUCUCCAACCAGUAGUGACAUGUCAGGAUAUCACCUAUAGAGUGGAGGGAGGUGCUGGUCUCCAACCAGCGAUCGCGCAGGUUCAAAGUACCACCUUUUGCGUGGAAGAAGGUGCUGAUCCCAAAUUGGUGGGCGCGGAACGUCGAGCUGCCUAUGAGGCUGCAGAUCACACGAAUACACUUGGAAGGACGCAUUCAGAAAUUGAAUUGCCCGGUUUGGACCGAUUUACAAGCCAGCGCAACCGCGUUUCUACCUUAGCUGCCACAUCUUGCUCGGCACAGAAUACAACAACUAUUUCCUGUGAUCCACUUUCCUAUCCGCAUCGUCUUGACGAGAUGGAUAAAGAUGGUCGCCCGGUAUCACGAGCACGUUCAUCGAAAGAUGAUCAAAUAAUUUGGACGGACCAGCCUCUCAUGUCUGAGGAUGCCGAUGACGAUGCAUAUCUAUCUGCAAAAUCCGAUGAUGGAGAAGACUUUAUGGAUGCAGAAGACUCCCUUCCGCACAAUGAUGCCAAUGACCUUGUCCAGUCAAUCAAAUCAAUGUACCGGGUCCUGGACUUGAUCAGUGAACAAGGGAGUGGUGGGCUAGUGGACAAAAUUAUCAUUGCGCAGGAUUCACUCCGGGCAUUCACUAAUACCAUUUGUCCUGGUGCAUAUGUUUCCAUGACGAAUGUCGACUUUAGCGCGCUGGACGGCUUGUUCGUGAAACCCGUCGGCAUCUAUGGGAGCAAGGAGGAAAUAGUACGACUCUUGUCGUCUCUUGGUGUUGUCGACGACCACGUGGCGGCCCAGCUUGUUGCGAACCACAGCGAGUCUAGUGUUUCAAAACCAAGUCUUCGUUCUGGACUUUACAUUGUCAGAACAAAUUUUGAAACCACCUCCGAUGAACAAGUAUUCAUCGUCUACUGGCCCGAGGAUGACACUUGGGAUGAUUUGGCUCCUUCAUCUGUGAAACGCACCCGUGUCACCUUCAUGCGGUACCUUACGACGAUAUGUGAUCAAGUCAUGGCACUCAUCUCCCCUGAGCAUGCCCGUUCCGUUGUAUUGAAUGGGCAGGAAGGCGAAGACAUCAUGGAAAUGGACGAAAACCAAGACGAGUACGACAGAAUGUUCACAUUUGAAGUUAGGAAAACCAACGAACAGGAAGAAGCCAUAAAGCCGCGUCCUGGAUUCAAGGCUACAUCCAGUUACAUAGCCAUGCCCCAGGCUCACCCGGAGAUGACAGUGGAUAUUGAACUGCAUAAGCCCUGGUUAUUGCACGGCGAGACUACUCAAGGCUUCAUGACAAACAGCUAUUUACCUGCCAGGCGGAUCACUGAUGAGUGGACGCGCAAGUCCAUUACCCGCCUCCAGCUAAGCAAUUGGCUGUGCAAUGACAGUUUGCGGGUGAACGAGAACUUGGAUGCCAACGCCGUGCAUCUUUUAUUAGAUGCAGGCCUUCGGGAUCGCUUCCCGCAACUGUGCAACCAGUGGCAGCGGGAGUCGGCCGAUAUUUCAUCGAAUGUCAGGGCCUCCAACGCAUCGACAGAGGCCAGAACCAAGAGGAAAUUGGAGGAUGAUUCGCCCCUUCUCACUCCCAUUUUCCAUUGGGCAUUGGUUGACGUUAUUGUUCAGAAAUUUCCAACUUUUACCUAUGAUUCCUUCCCUUACCCUACCAAAAACAAGCAGGGCUGCCCUGCACCUCAAGAACCGGUCGAACACGCUACCGCUCCUUCUGGCUCUUCCCCUCAUUCCAUGACGAGCGCGCAGCAUAGCUCCAAAGUUCAAGAUCAACUUUCAACUAUCAUUGAGCUAUAUCCAGAAAUAGGGGAAGAGCUUCGUCACACGGUGCAAAAGUUGUGCCUCGAGAAGAUUAACAGUGGCGAUUUCAAGAGCUCCAAGGAACGGAUUUAUAUCGCUCAAAGCCUACUUCGUCAGAUUCCUGACACCAAGAUGAAAGACGAAGAUUUUUUGAAUGUAAUUCUUCACAAGGACAUGCGACACGUCAGGGAGUCUGUCAGGAUGAUAGGGCGAAGUGCUGCCCCGCAUCAGCAGCCAAAGGGAUUGAUAAACACCGCUUGGAGUGGUAUUAAUUCUCUCAUCUCGUCUGGACAAGACUCCCAGUUCGUUCAUGAGAUAUUCAACGACGCAGAGGCUGCUGCAUCUGCCAUCAGUGACACUCAAUUCCUUACUGAGUUGGAUGACAUCGAGAAACUACCUGUCAUGAAAAAAGUUGUCGCGGAUACUAGGGCUGCUGCGUUGGUGUACUUCAAAUCACUUCUAACGAUACAAACCACAACUUUGACUCGUUUGGCGCUGCACAUACAAAUCAGCAAAUGUGUUGCCCGUGUUCGUAGGGAAGCGAUCAGCAGUGAAGAACAACAACUGGCCGAAUCACGAAAGAGGUUCAUCGCUUCCUUCAAUGCCCAUUCGCAGAUGGGCUUUCAUUCGCAUACCUCUCUUAUCGAUGUCAUCGAGGAUGUACGAGGCUUGUUGUCUCUAGCAGCGUCUUCGGUGCAAAUUACCGGUUCAAGGGAAUAUUUCGAGCGGGCAAAACUGAAAUUUACGGUUCACCCCAUGCAACUGACAGCGCAGGAUUUACAUUCCUUACAGUUAGAUUCUAGUAUGAUUCCUUCACCAAAGUUCAGGAACUCGUACUCGUUCAAGUUACCCCUAGGCCAUUCAGUGGUGAGAGCGCAACUGCUUCCAGGCGAGAAAAUCUUGCUCGCGACGACUGAUCGGGUUGGAAACUUGACGGUGUACCUGGAACACCUCACUGCUAUCGAGGGCGCCUUGGUUCACGGCGGCCGCGGGAAAAAGCUGAAUAGCGAUAAGAUUGGCGAAUUUGUUCUGGCUUUCGAUGAGUCGAAGUGUGUGCUCAGCGUUGUUGCCACAGAGAAACUCUUGCUACACAUCUUCAUUUACGAUGAUAACCGUGUCGGUUUCCAGGCUAACGGCAGCGCAAUCAACUUGACGCAAUGGUAUCCUGAAGGGACUUCUAUCAUUCAUGCAUGUUUCAUAUGCGGUGGGGAAGAAUUGCUGCUCAUUGAUACAUUGGCACAGGCCAGAGUAUACUCCUUGACGACCAUGCAGUUUAGGCCUGCGACCCUCAAUCUCAUCCAGAUUCCAACGGCAGUUUACUCGACUUCAGAUGGUUCUUGCUUAAUCACAGCUCACGUCCAUGGGUCUAACUUGAAACUAACCGCCUACCACUGGAGCACGUUCGGCUCAACGGAUGGCAUCCCACUCGAGAUCCCUGAUCUUCCAUUGGACCAGCCACUACUUCUGACGUCGCUGACUAGCCGUAAUAUCGUGCAUUUGGUCACACUUGACAUUGACACACGAUCAUGUCGGUCUAUUGCUCUUGACAUCACCCGGAAAGCGACAGAGUUCACCUUCAAAGAAAGGGGCACCCGAGGAGGGAAUGCAAAAUCAGCGAAUGUCGCUGCCCACAGCUCCCUCAUUGAUUGUCACGCUGAAGUGUGGACGCGCUUUCCGGUUCUUACUGCCAUUCAGCGCGAAACGAUCACGUCAUCCAGUAAGAGGUGUCAGCGAACGUUGGUGUUCAUUACAGAACAAGACCAUCAUAGAUUCGUACCGCACUUCCAUGAUCUUAUUUCAACCUUUGAAAGGACAUCAAAGAAGCCAACUGGAAAUCUUCUCAAGAGAAUUGAUGUCUCUUCAACGACAUACUCUGCUUUUCACAAUAUUCACCUUGGUGGUGCUGAGUGGAACGUGUCGAAAUUCCGCGCUGGGGAGUGGCUGGCGGAGUUCCUCUGCCUCAUUCCUAUCCAGAUUGCUGUGACAAUGGAAAAUCGCUUCAUUCCGCUCAAGGACGGGGUGUAUUCUACUCAGCUGGAGAAGUCCCUUCUCGGCGCGGAUGUCAACCGCAUUGUGGAUCACCUUUCCUUUGGUUGGUAUGAAUCUUUGUUCCAGUCAUAUAUGGCCAAAAAGCCUGUCAAAGUUGUGUCAUCUAUGGGUGAACAAUCAGUGGGGAAAAGCUUUUCCUUGAACCAUCUCGUGGACACAUCUUUUGCUGGAUCAGCAAUGCGCACAACAGAAGGAGUGUGGAUGUCGGUGACUCCAACGAAAGAUGCUCUUGUAGUCGCUUUGGACUUUGAAGGCACGUCGAAUCAGGCAUCCUUGCGCAUCAAAGAUACUUUACUCGUCCUUUUCAAUACUGCAAUCUCUAACUUGGUGCUGUUCCGGAAUAACUUCGCCUUGAGCCGCAAUAUUACAGGACUAUUCCACUCAUUCCAAUCGAGUGCGACUGUUCUAGACCCAGCAGCUAACCCGAAUCUGUUUCAAUCAACAUUGGUGAUCAUUAUCAAGGACGUCGUGGAUUCAGACAAAGUAGAUAUAACCAAAGAGUUCGCUCUCAAGUUUCAGAAGAUUGUCCAGGAUGAACAAGAGGCCAACUUUAUUUCUCGCCUUCACGCUGGACAGUUAAAUAUAAUUCCAUGGCCGGUGAUUGAGUCGCAGGAAUUUUACAAGCUGUUCCCAGCCCUUAAGCGCCAAUUGGACAAACAGAAACUCACUCAUAAUACAGCAGGAGAGUUCCUUCAUGUGAUGAAGACCUUGAUGGCAAAACUGAAGGCAAAUGAUUGGGGUGCUCUCUCACAAUCGAUGGCCUCGCAUCGAGCACAACUUCUUUCAGUCAUGUUGCCCAACGCUCUAGCAUUUGGACUGCAAGAGGUUGAUCCUUGUCCGGAACCUUUGAAGAACCUGGAUGACGGUGUCCCAAUCGUGGAUAUCAUUGAAUGUCGCUCGCUUUCCAAGCGGGCAAGCAAGCAUUGGCGAGCUCAUGAGAACCUUCGGCAGUGCAACAAUAGACUUGAAGAGCAACUUGCAGUUGUGCAAGCUGAAAUGUGCAAGCUGCGAGCUACUCUGUGUUCAGAGCAGAUUGCACGAUGGACAGCACCAUUGCCAGACUUCUCAUGCUUGCAUACAUUCUUGCGAUUUCUGUGCAUUGUUUGGAGAGACCAAGGCUUGCACGAUGUCAGCGGGACAUCCAGGCAAUCACAUGAAAGUUGUUUAAUGAUUAUAUCCACACACUUCCUCACAUUGGGUCGCCCUUUUCAGGGAUGUCUAGAUGAGUGUACGAAGGUGAUCGGGCACGCAGAAGAUGAUCAUCUGUGUGCUGCUACUGUCCAUGCCUGCGGUCAGAAUACGUCUAGCCCUGUGAGCUGUCAAAGUUUAGGUUGGCUGACGGAUCAACUCCACCUUGCCGUGGUAUAUGUGGCACUCCAAUUGACGUGGACCAUGACCAACACCAGUGUGGUGCUCGACUUUGCUCUUUCCACUGCCAACUUUGCAAGAGACUCUGUGCGAGUACGGACCAUCUUCACGGCUUGCAAGACGGCGCCAUUCAUCUCUGCGGGUUUGGAGGAACAUCCGUGUCCCAUGCAGUGCAUUGCUGAUGGCAUCUGCGAAAUCGAGACUGCGCCACAAUCGAUCGAGGCGACGUUCACUGGAAAGCACGAAACAUUCCAGUACACGAAGUACUCGCAAGUGGCUAAACGACUGAGAUGUGCCAAGUCGAUACCACCAGGCCUGGUAGCCCACGAAGGUCGGCACAACCAUAGUCUGGACCAAAGAGUGGUGCAUUUCUGCAGAGCAAAGUGUGAGCAUUGUGGCUACUAUUGUACAUUGCCGCUUGGUCACCCGCAACAAGAGCAUGAAACCAGACACGGAUCCAUGUCUUCAUCACGAUGGGCAAUCGAUGGCCCUGAUGGUGCGAGUCUCGAGGUUGAAGGCCGUCGCUUCUCUUCAAACGAUGAGGGUGCACCGAUGAUGUGCAACAUUGAUGCUACCUCAUGCAUAUUGAACCCUGAAGCUCUGCAUAUCUCCAAGAGAGUGUUACCAACCCCGGACCGUCCCAAAGACUUUUUGACACACAAUCUCUUCUGGCGACGGAGUGGCUUCAAAGAUCCGUACUCCCGGGAGGAACAAGCAAACUUUGCAAAGUGUGAUGCCAUGUGCAGCGGUUCUGAACACACAACUGCAGAGGGAAAUGUCGCUCAGCCCUCUUUUUGUACUUUGCCUCUCUUUCACAUCCCAAUGGAUCCAAACACCCCCCUAGCGAGUCUUGGGAAUCCUGUGGUGAUGCAGCAAGCGUUUCACGUAAUCUUUGUGGCAGAUAGAUCUAGCUCCAUGAGUUUGACGGAUCGACAACCUCUCAGGAACACCCCCGCCUCAGACAAAAUUAUCCAAAGCUCUAACAAUAGGUUUGGCGCUGUUCUGUCGUCCUUGUAUAGCUUUUGGUCUGCCCGAGCUGCAGUAGUUGCUGGUUCACAAGCAGUCAGACGAGACUCCUACAGUGUUAUCCUGUUUGAUCAGUCUGUUGUGGACGCCGUGGUGAACGAUUUCUCCAGCUCGCCUGACAACCUGCUAGACGCUGUGUUACGUCAUCGAACUUCGGCAGGCACAAACUUCACUGCUGCCAUUCAACGUGCCCAAUCAGUUAUGGAGCAACACUGGAGCACAGAGAGAACGCCUGUAAUUAUAUUCCUGUCCGAUGGCGAGAGCCCUAUCGAGGACCAAACCGUUCAAGAUUUGUGCCGCGCUGCAGUCCAUCUUGGAAAGGCAUUAUCCUUCCAUUCCGUAUCUUUUGGCCGAGAUGAGUAUUCUUCGUCAUUGAGAAGAAUGUUCCAGAUCGCUCUAGAAGCUCAGAACAACGCCCCGCGAGACCCCUUGGCUUCCGCGGCAGCUACUGUUGCGUCCACAUACUCAGAAGCUUUAGAUACGGUUCAACUCGCUGAAACAUUCCUUGGAAUUGCUGAUUCACUCACAAAGCCAAGAGGGUUUCUCAUUAGCGACAAGGACACGUAA